AUGUUGACCAAAGCACUCUGUGCUGAAAAGAAGGCAAGAGAAAAGAACACUCAAAACACAAAGAUUCUUGUGUCUUCAUUCCCUCUCCAAGGGCCAGAUACCAUACUUUUUUCGAAUUUCGUCCAUGGCACGUUUAAGGAGCUUAACGCUCUUGAGGACCUGCUCGGCGCUGGGCUUCUUGGUGAGAUCAAAAUCCCUGUCAUUGCUGUCACGCGCGUCGGCAAGACAUUCCCGAAAGCUGGGUUCCAGGACCCUUGA